GCUCUACGGAAGGCUUUCCGGUUGGCGCAGGGCGACCUGGAACGAUCCUUCAGCUCGAUGCAGGUUUUUAGUGGAGCGACCGUGGCGUUGUGCUGCAUGCAACCCAGCGCCGGCACGGUCUGGUUCGCUACUGUUGGCGACUCGAGAGUCGUACUGGGUGACAUGGACUCAGGUCGGCCCGUCUUCGCCACAACGGAGCACAAGGCCCACAACCCCGACGAGUACAGUCGACUGGAAGCUGCUGGAGCGCAGGUAGUUCAGAAGAGGUAUGACGACGGGGAGGUGGUCAGCCGGAUUUUCAUUCCGAAGACAGGCGUGCCAGGGCUCGCAAUGUCGAGAUCCCUCGGCGAUGGCUGCCUGAAGAAGUACGGAGUCAGUGCUGAGCCAGAGAUUUCGAACAUGACAGGUCAAUGGCAAUCUUGCCGACUACCGAGUGUGAUGUUGGCAAGCGAUGGCCUGUGGGACACGGUUUCAAUCGAGGAAGCCAUCUCAGCCAUGGCG